CGCUCGCUCCGCCGCGUGCCACGUCCCCCGCCAGCCCGCCUCGGGCACCUUUCUUCCGACCUCCGCGCGCCUCUUCCCGGCGGCGGCCCGCGCGGAGCCAGGAUGCUACCGCGGCGGCGGCGAGCGCGGACCGGCUCCCCCGGCGGCCCGGCCCGCCCCGGCCCCGCCUGCCCCUGCCCGCCGCGCUUCCCCGGCGUAGCCAUCCACCUGGCCGAGCCGCGCAUGGGCCGCAGCCGCCGCGCCUUCCUCACGCGCCUGGCGCUCUCUAAGGGCUUCCGGGUCCUGGACGCCUACAGCUCCGAGGUGACGCAUGUGGUAAUGGAACAGACCUCCGCAGAGGAGGCCAGGUGCUGGCAGGAGCGCAGGGCGGCGGCGGCCUCUCCUCCAGAGUGCACCAGCCCGGAGCUGCUGGACAUCAGCUGGUUCACGGAAAGCAUGGCGGCUGGGCGGCCUGUGCCCGUGGAGCGUCGGCACCGUCUGGAGGCGGCUGUGCCCGCGAAAGGGCCACCCGGCCCCGUGAGGGUGCCUCCCUACGCCUGCCAGCGCCCCACGCCGCUCACACACCCCAACACCAGCCUCUCGGAGGCUCUGGAGGUGCUUGCAGAGGCCGCAGGCUUUGAGGGCAGCGAAGGCCGCUUCCUCUCCUUCCGCAGAGCAGCCGCGGUGCUCAAGGCCCUUCCGAGCCAGGUCACGGCCCCGAGCCAGCUGCAGGGGCUGCCCCACUUUGGAGAACACUCAUGCAGGGUCGUCCAGGAGCUGCUGGAACAUGGGGUGUGUGAGGAGGUGGAGAGGGUCCGGCGGUCCGAGCGGUACCAGACCAUGAAGCUUUUCACCGGGAUCUUCGGGGUUGGGGUAAAGACUGCUGACCGCUGGUACCGGGACGGACUGCGGACCCUGGACAGCCUCCACGAACAGCUCCAAAGGCUGACCCAGCAGCAGAGAGCAGGACUCCAGCACUACCACGAGCUGAGCAUCCCGGUGCAGCGGCCAGAAGCCGAGGCCCUGCAGCAGGAGGUGGAGGCUGCCGCUGUGGACAUUCUGCCCGGGGCCACCGUGACGCUGGUGGGCGGCUUCCAGAGGGGUAAGCUGCACGGCCACGACGUGGACUUGCUGCUCAGCCAUCCCCGGGAGGGCCUGGAGGCGGGGCUCCUGCCCCACGUGAUGCGCCGCCUGGAGAGGCAGGGCCUUGUCCUGUACCAGCAGCACCACCGAGGCCACCCCGAAGACGCCAGGCGCCGGACCCGGCACAGCCACACCAUGGACGCCUUCGAGAGGAGUUUCUGCAUUUUCUGCCUGCCACAGCCCCCAGGGGCCGCGGUGGGGGGCGCCCACAGGCGGGCCGUGCGCGUGGACCUGGUGGUGGUCCCUGUCAGCCAGCUCCCCUUCGCCCUGCUUGGCUGGACGGGCUCUAAGCACUUCGAGCGGGAGCUGCGCCUCUUCAGCCGGAAGGAGAGAGGGCUGUGCCUGAACAGCCACGGGCUCUUUGACCCCGAGCAGAAGAUGCUGCUCCGUGUGGCCUCCGAGGAAGACCUAUUCAGGCACCUGGGCCUCGAGUACCUUCCCCCAGAGCAGAGAAACGCCUGAACCUGCCUGCCCGGCCCACUCCGUGCCGGCGAGCCAGGCCCUGUGGGCUCCGGGAGAAGCUGCACUGCUGCCCCAGGCCCUCGCCCCUGCCGACCCCUGACUGGAGCCCCACCGUGCAGCGCGCUUCUCCCCCCCUCCCCAGCUUACAGUCCAGGAUCUAAUGAAAUGAGCACAUGGUCCAAACCAAGCUCUGUGUUCUAAGCGUGCUGCUGUGACGGGGGCGCGCGGGGCACCUGGCCCCCAUCGGCUAUGGGAUGAUGGUUGGGGGCAGGGGCCACCAUGGCAGGGUGCCACUGGGCCAGUGAGAACGUGACUGGCGCUAUCUCCCUGGUGGGGCGGUUGCAGAGCCAGAGGUGGUG